CGGAGUCGAUAGACAAGCUCUUUACGGCUUACCAAAAGAAUGAGAGUGUCGGCCAUCGAUGGCCGACACCAAGUCCAGUGCCGCCAAGGGCACCACCAUGCUGUGGCGCGCAUCAUCUACAAAUACGCACUGGAUCACCUGCCCAAGGACCGAACCCAAUAUCUGUUUAAGGCCUACACCAUACACGAGAAGAAGUACGGCGAUUGGGCUGGAAUCGAGGACGUAAUCGUUCCUAAGCAUCUGUAGCACGCUUGCUUAGUGAGCAGCAGGGUCGAAUCCGUUUCGAGUGUCUGGUUACCCAGUGCAGCAUAUCCGAUGACCAGAAGGUGGUCGGUCUGACUGGCUGCAAUGGAGCUGUGUCGCCACCGUCGCCCUCGGCCAUACCACCGCCACCGACGGCGCCAGCCAUGAUGCCACCACCACCGCCGCCCUGUCCGGGUGCACCGCCUCCGCCACCGUGUGGCGCCAGCAAUGGAUUCUGGUCACUGCACGAAUCACUGGCUGCUGAUCAAUCGCGUAGUCCAGCUGGUUGUGAUGCAGGUAGAGCAGCGACCAGCGGACCGGAAGUUCACCCUUUCACGAUCCUGAUGUGUCGCCCCUGCAAAUCGAUGUAGGCAAUCUGGUGCGUCUGCUGGUCAAGGAGGAGCAACUUACGCAGGCACGCAAGCGUGCUGAUGAGCUGGAACGUGAGAACUUUGAUGGGAGCCAAUGUCCCAGAUGGGCUCGGAACUGCACCAUCCUGAUCAGGAAGCUGAAGAUGAGUGACAUGGAGAUAUCAAAGGCCAUUCUUUUGAUGGACAGCAAUGAGCAGCUGACACUCGACAUGGUCGAGCAGCUGCUAAAGUUCACGCCAUCGGCGGAGGAUGAGCAUAGCGAGGAUAUUAAGUCAUAUAUUAAGCCCGCGCCGAUUGCUCCCUUUACGAAGUAUCAAAGUUGGUUAUAAAUACCACAGGCAACUACAUGAUUCCUCCGGAUUCCGACUGGCCUCACUAAAUCGCCGUUCACCGGCAGCCAUCGAGCCGGACUCAGAGGGCAGGCCGUUGCUCCAAGGGUAUGUGCCCGUCGAGCAGAAGAUGCAGCAGA